CGACGCGACCGGCAUCGCGAACUGCAAAUGGAAAACAGAGAGUAUUCAUGCGUAUUUUGGUCUAGAGAUGAAAGUGAUGCUGACUUAACAGACAUGGCGCAGAGAAGUGCGCAUGUGCCUGGUGUCACUGAUACAGCAGCUAGUAGGAAGAGGAUUGAUUCUUCUGAAGCAAACUUUUCAUCCUUGACCAACAAGCAGAAAACCAGCAUGUAUCAUAGUCAGAAAAAGAAAGCAGUGGUCACUAGCUCUGUGAUAAAGUCAAGCCUAAAAAGUGAAAAUCCAUCAAAGGUUAACAAGCAGAGUACCACAAAAGAACAACCUUCCCUGAAGGAUCUAAAACCAGAGGAUAAGAAGAGGAUUGCAAAUCUAAUCAAAGAACUUGCAAAGAUUGGGGAGGAGAAGGAAGUUGCCAAAGAACAGCUAGAAGUGGAGAGGAAAGAAAACGAGAUGAAGACCAGGAAAUUGCAAGCUCAGAUACAAGCUAUCUUAUGUGAACGAGAAAAUAUUCAGCAGCAGUAUCUAGAAUGUCAGAAGCUUCUGUCAUCCUACCAAUCUAAGGUCUCUCAAGAACAGAAGAAUACCUCAGACCCAAUUCAUGAUGGUUCAUCAUCGCAAAAGGGACACAAGUCAAAAGAUGGCUGGUCUCCCUUAAAGGAGAAUGUUCGGACAAUAUCUCCAACAUCUGAUCAUCCUACAUCAAAAGCAGACCAGGAAUUUGUGGAGCUGCAGUCUGUGCCUGUAUAUCCCAGUGACGAGAAGAGCCAACGGAGUGGUGGUCCUGAUGGGAGUUAUUCCACAAACAAGCAUGUGAUCUCUGAAAAGCAGUUCAAUCCAGUUUUGAGUAGUACACACCGGAAGCAUCACCAAUCCAGGGUUCCUUCAUCUGGUGCAGAAGACAUGAGAGCUACCCAAAGUGGAAAUUCUUUAAAUGGGUUUCCAUCCCUACAAGCACAGAGACGUGAAGAGCCAAGCUUGAGUGACUCUCGUCACAUGUCAACUGUUCAUGGAUCCAACAGAAAGGUAUCAAGAAGGAGCCAAGACACUUUCUUGCCCAUGACAGAAGUCACGGACGAUUCUGCAAUUACUCCUACACUGCAUGCUCCAAGGCGUGAGAGAAGAGAAAUAAGGAAUAGCUCAGAAAGAACCUCCUGGGUAUCCUUGCCAGAGGUGGAUGGACAACCCGCAUACAGCUAUGAGCUCCAUGAGCGAGGACCAGGAGCCAGUGAGAUCUACAGUGGCUCCAUAUCUCACCAAAAGAGACAGGAGAGACAGGAUUAUCAUAGCCUGACACCAGAGCAAAGACAGCGACAACUUGGGUCAUUGAAAGAGAAGCUUCAGCAGGAACAGGAAUGGCUGCAGCAGAAGCUGCAAGAGCAGGAACAUUUGCUCCAUCAAAAGAGGUUUGAGAUAGAGAGGCAGAAGGAAGAACUGAGUCAGUUGGAAGACACAGGGUAUGAGCAAGUCAGGAGGAAGUAUCUCAGAGGCAGUGCUAGGGAGAAGCAGAGGGAACGCACAGGGGUAGGUGGGGAACGCAAAUCAAGGUUUAAUGAUGUGGUUAGUGUUUUCCCAGAAGACCAAUAUCAUAGGGUGGUUCCUGGAGAAGGAAGAAAGGAUGUUACAUUGUCAUGGCAACAGCAUGGUUCUUGGGAUGAGGAGCAACCAUUAUCCACAAACUAUCCGCCUGACGAACCUAGGGAGAUGGCUCAACAAAACCUGACUGAAAGUCAAUUUGGCCAUUACCAGGAAGAAGGCAUUACUGGUUAUGAGGAAAAUUAUUACCAAGGUUACGAUGAUGAGGUGGAAGAUGCGGAGACUUGGUAUCAGAUGAGGGAAGCGACAGAAGGAGCAGAUAAUGGAGGAAGCAUUCAAGGUUAUGUAUCGCUACAUCCACAGCAGCCGACAAGGAAACAAGGUGCCCUUCACCAGUCAGCAGCUGCCACCUCCCAUAUCUACCAGUCUCGUCACAACUCCGGUCUUAGGCACACCACAAAUAAUGCUGAGGCAGGAAUGAAAAAGGGUUAUACUUCUGCUUCAAGGACAAGUGAGCCCCCAAAACAGUAUGGAAAUAUUUCAACUCUCUUGGAUGAAGAGGGAUUGACUGGUCUUUCAUUGAAUGGGUCUAAUUCACCAUACAUUAGACCAGAAUCGAAGCCUCGACCCGGUACAACCACCAACCCCAACCUUAAGAGAAGAGGCAUCAUCCAACCACUGCACCAGACCCAUCCUCACUCUCAGGAUCAACCUGAGAGGAGAAUACGUUCAGCCGGUCAAGUCAGUGGGAGGUUGAGACAUAGAGUGGCAGAGGAGCUAUACAAUCCCCAAUUACAAAGAGGAAAGGCUCAGGAUUUAACAAAACACCCUACACCAAGUCAAGCCCUGAUGGACUCUUCUCAAGAGAAAGGGUCAUUGCAUUCCUAUACAGAUGCUGCCAGAGAAGACGACGCCCUCCACGCACACCUAGUUCAAAGGUCACAUCAGGUCAUCCGGGAGAUUGGGAUGUUACUCAAUCAGAGUGCUGAGAUGGGAGAAGAGGAGGAGUCCAAGGUUCUUGAAGAUAUCUUCUUUCUGAAGUGAAUUUCUCAGAGAUUACUUGGAAAUAAAGAUGAGUAUUCAAAGCUUCACCCCAAAUUGGUAUUCCAACUAGUACACCUGCUGUCUGGUAAGAGUGCUCAGGAGAUAGGAGAGAAUGAUCCAAUACAGACAAGAGGUGUCAAAGGCAUGGAUGAUUUCAAGUUUGGUGUAGAUUGUGGUGUCGAAAGUGUGAAUCCGGCUAUUGAACUUUUUAACACUGAAUGUUGGUCUUUAAGGAAAAAAAGGAAUGACACCAAAGGGUUUUGAGCUAGCACCACAAAUUCAACCUUGGUGUAAAAUGCUCGGUGUGGUAUUCUCACAACUAGUUGGCAGGGAUAUAUACACUGAGGAAUGGAGAAGGCAUCUUAAGAUAUGCUGUGCCUUGGUUUCAUCUAGAGCUCGAAAUCCUUAUAUCUAAAUCCUCUAUCUUGUAUGAGUGUUUUUCAAGAUAGGAGAGGUACUUUAUGGUGAUGGGGUAGUUCAUGGGGGAGGUGGUAAAUGGGGAAAUGCAGAGGAGGGUACUUACGCUACAUCAGUCUUUUUGAAUAAGGAAUAUGUUGAGAAGGCCCCUGCCAUCCCGCAGACUGCACCAACAAUGACUACAACUGGCAUCAACUGAAAGGGAAACAUAGAGUAUAAGAAAUUCUUAAGUGAUCUCUUUAAAAAAAAGAAAAUGACUGUACAUGUACAUGCAGUAGCUCUUUUAAUCGAACAUUAAUGAAUUGAUGAAAAUAAUUUGAAAAAUGUUUUGUGUAUCUUUAAUACAGUGAAAAUGGUUAGAGGAAAAUGUAUGAUUAUCACCUUGUCUGAAAUUAACAAUGUAUUGCUUUCAUUUGUGUAAAAAUUGGGCUGUAAUGUAUACCAUGUCUAUUCAUUAUUUAAAAAAUGAAUGAAUUAACGAAGGUGGUUUCGAAGGUGGUACAAAACCAUGGAUUGUGCAGAUUUUGUGUACAUAAUUACACUUAUUUCAUUGCAUACACUAAUACAUUUCCUGUUAUAUAAAUACAUGCUUUUGGCAAAGGGCACUAAAAUUAAUGAUUGAAUGAACAUGAUAAUACAAGAAAUUUGCAUAGUCAAUGGCUUCGUUCAUUGGCAUAAUGGAAGCCUCUUUUUUUAGUGAUUGGGCCAAUGAGAGGCAGAAUAAGUUAAGUCAAAUUAACUAGAGAUUUACGGGGGAAUGUUAUUGCACUCAAUAUAGGAUUAGGACUGCUAAUAUUGAUCUUCAUUAAGCUUGAUCUCUCUGCUGUAUAUCUAUCUUGUUUAUUCGUCUUGUGACUUCGUAAUCUGGACUGACAAGAUGUUGCCUUACUUUAUUUGGCCCAUAUUCCGAACUCCACUUUGAUUUAAACUUGGGUCUAAAGUUGACUAACUAUGGAAAGCCAGUUGCGACAAAACUCACAGCAGAGAUUCAAUUUGUCGGCACAUUUGGUGCUUAAUUCAUUUGCAACUGUCUAGGAACAAUAACUUAAUUAUUGUUCUCCAUCUUUAAAACUUGAGGAGAGAAUACAGUAAAAAGGAGAAAUAUACAAUGUAAACAAAAAAUCUCUGAUUUCCUGUAAUGUUCACAAAGAGUUAGACCAUGGUCUAAGAUAGACUGGAUCUCAGAAUACGGGCUUUAUUUGACUUGUUAUUCCUUCUUCACAAUCAUUACCAUUUAUGCAUGUAUUCUUAGGCGAUAACGGUAAAUUUUCAAUAUAUUGAUAAACUACAAGGGCUGCUUAUUCGCUUAUGAAUAACUUUUUUUGUAUUCAAUUUUGACAUUUGGAAUGAAACUUUGGAGUUUAACAUUACUUGUUCCCACCAAAGCUUGGUGCCUAUAUAUAUUUAUUGCAAUUUGUACAUUAUUUAUUUA